AUGUACUCCUACCUUAUCUCUGAUGUCAUACUCAUCCUCGGGUUCCUGGGGUACGUCGCUGCCAAAAACUCUGGCUGCGCGCACCCCUGUAUCCAGCUUCCCCAAGCCCAUCACCAACCCUGGCUCUGCCCCGCCGGCAUACCCAAGCCUCCUUACUACUACGGUAAAUGGCCUACUCCAGAGGAAGAAAACGUUGCCAAAGCACUCAUCGGCCCUGUCAUAAGGCAAGAGCCUUGCGGCUGGCAGGCUGAUGGCAAACUCUGCAGAGCUUCUCAGAACGCUCAAGUCACCCUUAGUCUUGUCUCUUCAAAUCCUCUCACCGUCAAGGUUAGGAUCAACAACAACGAUGCCUACCCAAUCACCUUUUGGACGAGGUACUCCCCGCUUAGCCAGUAUGCCUUUGACUAUGGGUACUUCAAGAUCAACGCCCCUGGUCAGCAGCCCAAUGCUGCGGGGAUCGCACCCCCGCCAGAAGGGUACAGGCCAGAAACUGCACCUGAGCUUUCCAUCAUCGCCCCUGGCGAGGCUUUGGAGGCAGAUAUUGUCCUGAACAACCCCAGCCAUGUCUUCCAUCAGAUGGUAAAGAAUGGCGGUGAUAUCGAAAUCAGUAUGACUGGACUGUGGAAUGGCUUCUGGUCAGCAACUGCACCUGAAGUUAUGAAUAGCGAUCUGAGUUUUUCCUGCAACAACAUCUGGGACAUCCUGGGCCUCACUUGGUCAUCGUGCAAUAAGCUCUUACUACGCUUUCCUAAGCAGCAUUAUUUCUCCUCGGAGCCGAAUCAUUCCGCCCCGAGACAUGGGGAGCCUGAAAUCAGUGCGGGUCCUCAGCCUAUCUACGGCGAUGAUUCUUCACUUGUCAGGACCGAUGUUGGAGUUGAGACGGAGGGAACUUCAAGAGCACAGGAAACUGAGUCUACAACUUCAAAGGAUAAAGCGAAGUCUAAAGAGAGCUAUACUAAACAAUUCGCGACCACGCCUGCACCAUUUUCUGUUCUCCAGACACUAGGUUCUCUCUGCUGGAANNCCCACAACUUAGACAUCGAUACGCGCCGAGGAACCCAGAGCGACGUAGGCUACGCAAAGUUGGGCAAUAAUGGCAUCUAA